UCCGAGUAUUCGACCUUGGACGAUCUGCCGUUGUUGGUUAGCAAUGAGGUGUACUAUUUCUGCACCGAUCCCUCCACUGGCCAGCAUUUGGUGCGGCAGCAGUAUCGCUUAUCUCGGACCGGUCCAAUCACCGUCGAAACGGUUGGUCCUUGGGAUCCGGCGAAAGGUGUCGUUAUCGCAGCGCCACGUGCCGUGACGUACGUUAGGCGAAGGAAUUUCAACCAAUUCCAGCUCCGCGCUGCCAUGGUUCUUAUGCAUAACGAAUCGUUGAACCAUUUGAACGAUUAUAGCAACAAACAUCUGGAUGGAUUGUCACGUGUUUCCUAUCUGAUAACGAAAGCGGUUGGCUUUCACCUUAAUGCGUCCAUACAUUUCUACGUCGUUGAUACUUGGGGCUAUCGCAACACCACUGCAGGCCUCUUCACAGGUAUGAUCGGCGAACUGCAGGCUGACAGAGCCGAUAUCGGGGCAACCCCGCUGUUCUUCACACCAGAUCGGAUUCCGGUCAUCGAUUACAUUGCAAUGAUUGUCGCUACGAAGGCAAGCUUCUUGUUUCGGGCACCGAAACUCUCCUACACGGACAACGUCUUCGUUUUGCCAUUCGAACGGUACGUUUGGUACAGCACCAUAAGCUUCAUCGUCUUGUCUGCACUCUUGAUGGCGUUAGUGCUUCGCUGCGAACAACGAUACACCGGACGGCCAGAGCCACUGGCAGCCCAGGAUUCGUUCGGCCUGUCGGACACGGUGCUCAACUCAUUCGGAACCACCUGCCAGCAGGGAUCGUUCAUCGAGCCGAAAAGGGCUGCCUCACGGUGUUUACUCCUGAUCUGUCUGGUGCUGCUGAUGUUUCUGUACGCCAGCUACUCGGCCAACAUUGUCGCCAUGAUUCAGUCCCCCUCAACGAAGAUACAGACG